AUGCAUAAAAAGGGCAUUGCCAUCUUGGGUUCUACAGGUUCGAUCGGAGGGCAAGCGCUCGAAGUCAUUGAAGCCUAUCCGCACCGUUUCAGCCUCCAGGUUCUCACUGCCUAUCAGAACGCCGACUUACUAAUCGACCAGGCGAUUCGCUAUGCCCCAAAGUGUGUAGUCAUCGUCCACGAGGAUGCGUAUGGAAAGGUGAAGGACGCGUUGGCAGGUGAAGAGACCCAGGUGUACACCGGCGAAGCUUCCCUAAAACAGGUUGUGGCUUUGAAGGACGUCGAUAUUGUCCUGACUGCACUUGUGGGCUAUGCUGGGCUAAAACCGACCUUGGCGGCCAUCGAGGCCAAGAAGGAUAUCGCAUUGGCAAAUAAAGAAACUCUCGUUGUCGCCGGCGAACUGGUUACCCGUUUGGCGAGAGAGAACGGCGUGAAUAUUUACCCAGUCGAUUCCGAACAUUCGGCUGUUUUCCAGUGCUUGCUGGGAGAGCACCACAAUCCAUCGGAGAAAAUCUACUUAACCGCCUCUGGUGGGCCAUUUCGCGGUUGGAGAAAACACGAUCUGGAACGCGUAACACCGCAACAAGCGUUGAAACAUCCAAACUGGACCAUGGGUCCAAAAAUAACCAUCGACUCCGCGUCGCUGAUGAACAAAGGGAUGGAGUUAAUUGAAGCGAAAUGGUUGUUUGGCCUGAGGACAGACCAAAUCGAAGUGAUUGUCCAUCCGCAGUCAAUUGUGCAUUCCCUCGUGCAGUUCGAGGACGGGAGCAUAAAGGCACAGAUGGGACUGCCGGAUAUGAGAAUUCCCAUCCAGUUUGCCAUGACGUUUCCGGAGCGCGUUAAAAACGAUUUUCGGCGCUUCAACUUCGCGGACUAUCCGCAGCUAACGUUCGAAAAGCCGGACCGUGAAACCUUCAGAAACCUUGACCUUGCCUAUGAAGCCAUGGAUCUCGGUGGAACCGCCGCUUGCGCUUUGAAUGCGGCGAACGAAGUGACUGUCCAAGCGUUCCUGGAAUCGAAAAUCGGCUUCCUGCAGAUCAGUGAGAUCAAUGAAAAAGUAAUGCGCGCCGCCCAUUUCGUGCAAAACCCUGUCUACGAAGAUUACCUAUCGGUAGACAGGGACGCACGCCUUAUGGCCGGAUCGUUCUGUUCUGAUGGCGCGUUCAAGCAUUAA